AUGACUUCGAGGGCUAUCUUGCUCAACAGUAACCCAGACGCCAACAACUACUAUGCCAGGCUCAUCAACUAUCAAAAAUAUGCCCUGAUUCCUCACCUCGAGCUCGAAACUGGCCAAAGUCUGAGCGACUGCCCGAUCGCAUACCAAACCUGGGGAUCGCUCAACAAAGACGGCGACAAUGCCUUGGUUAUCUGCCAUGCCUUGACCGGCAGCAGCGAUGUCUCUGACUGGUGGAAUCCACUGAUCGGGCCUGGGAAGGCUCUUGAUCCACGAUACUACUUCAUCUUUUGCGGCAAUGUUCUCGGAUCCCCUUACGGAAGUGCAUCGCCCGUCACCAUCAACCCUGCCACAGGUCGAUGCUAUGGUACCGAUUUCCCAUCAACAACGAUACGGGAUGAUGUACACGCCCACAAGCUCGUCCUAGAUGCCUUAGGUGUUCGUCAGAUAGCAGCCGUUAUUGGAGGCUCUAUGGGGGGCAUGGCGACUCUAGAGUGGCCAUUAUGUACACCGCAGGGAUACGUCCGGAACAUCAUACCUAUUGCGACUGCAGCUGAUCACUCUGCUUGGGGGAUAUCUUGGGCAGAGACCCAGCGGCAAUGCAUCUACGCGGACCCCAAGUUCAAAGAUGGACACUAUGAACCUGUCCCAGAGGGUCAGCCGUCCGCGGGAUUGGCCGCGGCUCGGAUGAUUGCCAUGCUGACGUAUCGGUCCUGUACCAGCUUCGACAGCCGAUUUGGACGCAAGCCUCAGAGACACACCAAGUCAACAGCUUCGAACCAACUGGACAUAUAUAAUUCCAAAAAGCCCGUUGGUGACUAUCUGCACAAAGAACAUGUUGCGAUGAAGGGGAAAAAGGACAGGAUAGCCUUUUCAGCACAGGGCUACCUCCACUAUCAAGGUGAAAAGUUCAUCAAAAGAUUUGACGCCAACUGCUUCUUGCAUCUAUCCAACAAGAUGGAUUCCCAUGAUGUCACCCGGAACCGAACCAAGAAACUGGACACUGGUGCUUUGAAGGAGGUGCUCGGGAACAUACCACCUGGAGCACUGGUCGUCAGCGUUGAGUCAGACGCGCUCUUCGUACCAGAACAGCAAGAGAAGCUUGCUACCUGCCUUCCAGAGGCAUCACUUGAGAUUCUCGAAUCAUCAGAUGGCCACGAUGGAUUUCUGUUGGAGUUUGAACAGCUUGACCGCCUCAUCCAGCUCAAAUUGAGAACAGCCUUGCCUCAUCUCUACUCCUCUGUAGCAUCGUGGGACUUCGCGUCAGUGCCGCAAAGCACUAAAAACAACACUGGGACUGAGAAAAGUCUAGUGGGGGGAACAGAUGGAUGGUGGUAG